UGCAAACAGAGGCACUGAGCUGUGUUUGCCAGAUGUGUUCUUAGUAAGGUAAAGGUUCUUAGUGAAUUGGGCCUUCCAUCAGUCUCUGGACAGUGGGCACUUGAAACGCAGAAGGAAGUGUCUCACCUUUAACUAUAUAUAUACACACACACACACAUAUAUUUAGCUCUGAGAGUAGACCGUAGAGGAGCAGCCUUGUCAGAGUGUUUAUACACUCCCACUCCUUGGCUCAGUUUGACAGCAGAACUACAGGGAGACUCUCUAGACAGUCAGGCUAUGCGUGUCCGAGUGAAAGGGUGGGGGUCAUUCUGAGUUGACCUCCAAAUGGAACUCCGGCUGGUGACACUGCUGUUGUUUCAAGCAGGUAAGUACAAAAUAGAUGCCAAGCAAUGUAGCUGCUGACCUCAUAAAAACACAUGUGCUUUUGUGCCCCCCCUUAGUGCAGAGGUUUCAUUACUGGGCUUUACACCAUUCUUAUCGACCAAAGCAAACAGCUUUUGGGCAGGUGAGUAAGCUUAUCUUUUUCAUAUUGUCAUCAUCGUCCUGGAACUGGGCUUUCGGUGUCUGAUUUUAAUGAUAACUGUGCAUUGUUUGAGCAUGUAAAUACUGCAGGCGAAACAUGUUCCACUGUGUUUACAAGUCUGAAAGUUCAUAAGUUCAAAAGUUUACAAAGUACUGUAUGAUAAAACUCCUUCAAAUGGGUGGACUUAUUUCAGUGCAGUGGGAUUUGCACCAGGACAUUGUUCAGGCUGUUAUUAGACACUGAAAAAUGCUCCAGUGGAAUUAGGUCAAUAGAAUGGCUUGGUCUUAGGUGCUUUGGCAUAUUGCCAGGUGUCUUUCUCAUAUCUGAAUGAUUGUCUUUGUUCAUGCUGUAACUAUCUGUUUGCCUCUUCCCUGUACUUUAAACAGCGAAAUGUGAAUAGCUAGUUUUUAUUCAUCUAAAGUCCAGGGUGGAUGGGCGGAAGGAAAUAAAGCUCUUUUUAUAAGGCCCCACUACAGAAGCAGCACACAGCAGAACCGAAGCAUGUGAGACCGUUAUUGCAAGGCCUUUUACCGUAAUUAUUUGAGGACGCCUAUAUUACUGCAGCUUCAUGCCUGCCAGUGUAAACUUCAUCGUGCCAGGAAAGUUGAGAUCAUAAGAUCCCACCCCAACUGCCAGGCACAUUUUUGUAACUACAAGAAACUGGGCCUGCUGGGCAUUUAAAAACCUGUUCAACUUUUCUUAGCAACAUUGUCUUGGCUAUUUGAGUCGGAAAGAACAAUUUAAUGAAAUAGUUCAUCAGGUAAAGGGCUGGUCUUAAUUGUGUAAACAAAUUCAGUUAUUGAUUGACAUAGCCUCAAAAGUAUACUCAGCUUGGAAUUUAAUUACUUUGUAGCAGGAAUGAGUGAGAAUUGCAUUAAGUUGCAUGCUCUAUCCCUUCCUGUCAGCUCUUUCAAUACUGAGAAGUGAAGUUUGCAAUUUGUGUACUUUACUACUUUGUCAAUCACCUCGAACAUUUAUGCUGUUCUUAUAGUACAAUAAUUUUAAGCAAGGAAUUCAUAUAUACUCCUUUCUUCUAUACAUACAGAUUGGGAGGCUUUUCUCAUUUUUUAAAAAGUUUUUUUAAAACAGACUUCUGUUAACUGCAAUGUUUUAUUUGUAACUAAUAUGUUUAGAGUGGACUCUGUGCCUUUAAAACCUGAAUCACCUCACAGUUAUGGCACAGACAUUGCUGCUGUUUGUUUGUGUUUCCUUUUCAAGACAGAGCUGCUGCUUACAUGUUUAUUAAAAUUAGGCUUGAAUACUGUGAAGUAGAGAAGGAAUGCUACAUUUUUUCAGAAUGCAUACUUGAUAGCCAAGGAAUGUAUCAAAAAACAAUAGCCGGUCUGUAUUAAGACAGUAGUCUUCAGUUUGAGAUUUUGUUUUUUGUCUUGGCAGUUGUUAAAUGUCCCUGUUAAAUCAUCCUGAAGUAGACGAUGAGGUACAUUGCCACUUUCCUCAGGUUUAUAGUGCAGAGACACUUGUGUUUCUGAAGCCUGUUUAAGUCUUGGAUUCAGCAGAAUGCUUUAACCAAAGUGCCUUUGGAGUCUAAACAUUUAAAGCCUAUGCAAUUUCCUUAGAAUUGGCUAUGAUGAAACACAUUUUCCAUUUUGCAAGAACCAAAUGUGUUUAUAUAAUACAAAUAUAUAGAUUAAAGGAAUAACUCUAAAUAACGUCAAAGAAGUUCUGUAGGAAAAAUGAUGCUGAUCCUGAUAACGUUUAGACAUAUCUGAUCCAGAAUUCUGUGUGUGGAUAUGUAGUGUGCCCUAAUACAGGCACCCGCAUUCCACUUGCGUGUGACUACAUUUGUGCAGGUUGCUGCAAAAUAAGUAAAUAGAUUAGCCUUCCCUUGCACUGGGCAGUGGCCCCAAUCGAGGGGAGGCUUGGGGCAGGCUGGGCAGCGGCCCCAGGCAACUUCCAAGCAGCAGCCCCAGUGGUGCUUGUGAGUCUUGUUAAGUUGUGGGUGAACAUAUCAGACGACACAGCGAUUCUUCCAAAGCAGCUCUUUAUUUGUAAGCUGGAACAGAACUGAACUGAAGAGCUCAGUCAGCCUGCUUAUAUAGAGCUCCAGAACCUCGUUACUGUAACAACUUUCUGAAACUAUCCAAUCCCUGAACGUCACUUUCGAUCCUUCAUUUGCAUAACUAACUACAGUAUCCCCCUGCUGGCCCAGGGUGAGAACUUCAGUACAUAACAAGUCUCUUUCUCGUUCUCUCCUCCCUGCACGCCCUCCCUAUUAAAGUGGGUUGCUCCCCACUUUACGCAAGUUCACUUAUGUGCGCAGGGGCCCAAAACGUAAUCCCCGCAUUAGUGGGGGGACGACACCUGUACAUUUAAGUGAAUGGAGCUAACCUGGAAUGUCGUUCUCAACUGAAAUGAAUGGGAAUGCAAGGCAGACCCUUGGUUGCAGAAAUGAUGUGUGUAGAGUUGUAUAACUCUUUGUGAGCAAUAGUGCAUUUUGAAGAUAUUAUCAAUAAUACAUAUAUUAAUUCAGAACUGGGAAAGUGUAAAGAUGGGAAACUAAGAUUUUGAGUAAUGGUUUUUUACUCAGAUGAACUAAAAUUUUACUUCUGCCUUUGCAGUUUGGAAUAGUGUUCUUGGGAAGAACCAUUCUGUACACAAAAGAGGCCUCCUUGAGUUAUCUGGAGCCAUAAAGUGUGGCACAAGACGAUUUCCUUUGGCAUAUUUAGGUUAUGGAUGCUACUGCGGCCCAGGAGGAAGAGGGUGGCCUAAGGACAAAACAGACUGGUAAGGACAUCAAUGACAUCCCCAAGUGUCAUUCUUCAAUUGAAUUUAUCCAACCUUAUUUAAUACCCUUGAAAUGAUGGCAGGUUUAAUUUGUGGAAGAGAAACUGUAGGAAACUAUAUUGUGGUUAGGGAUGGGGCAGAAAUUUGAUCCCAUUCACAUUUAAAGGUGAACCUACCAAAUUCACAUAUUCCACAACAAUACAAGAACCAAAACACAGCUAUCCUUCAAAAUUCACACUGCUCUGAAAUUUGCAGUGCCUUUCUCCAGCCAAGUAAUGUGUGCAAAAAAAUCCUGUAUUGGGGUAAAGCAUCCAUAAAAUGCAUAUGUUAGUGAAAAAUAACAUACAAAAAUGCAUUAUUUUAGGGGAAUUUAUGCUUUGCAUAAAUGUGUAUAUUAUGCAAACUUACAUAGAAACAUGUACAUUAAGAGGGGGGAAAUGCACUAAAAUGAUUAUGAAUUUUCUUGAGGACUUCAAAAAUUGGGGAAAAUGUGCAGAACAGAACCUGAGAUUUGAAAAUGAGAAACCAAAUUUGACAGAUUUGCCCAUCCCUAAUUAUGGUAGCACAAAGCAGCGACAAAAUCACAUAGUGCUGGUGAGUGAGUACUGAGAAUAAUAGGUAACAUGAUCAGCGCAUAACAAAACCUGCCCUUUAUUAUGCCAGAUGACAUUACCAUGUUGCUAAGUUGAGAGAAUGCAAUGAGAGAAAAGGAAUGUCGUGUGUCCUCUUUUAACUUGAUUUGGAACCAGUGGACUUUCACUAGAGAUAAAUUUGAUUUCUUUUUUAAUCCUUGCUUCACUGAGAAAAGUGGUAGGUGUAAUAUUUGCAUGCACCGCGCUCUUGUUGUUUGUUUACCAAAUGAAUGAUUAAAGUAAAAGGUAAAGGUACCCCUGCCCGUACGGGCCAGUCUUGCCAGACUCUAGGGUUGUGCGCUCAUCUCACUCUAUAGGCCGGGGGCAAGCGCUGUCCGCAGACACUUCCGGGUCACGUGGCCAGCGUGACGAAGCUGCACCUGGCGAGCCAGCGCAGCACACGGAACGCCGUGUACCUUCCCGCUAGUAAGCGGUCCCUAUUUAUCUACUUGCACUUUGACGUGCUUUCGAACUGCUAGGUUGGCAGGCGCUGGGACCGAGCGACAGGAGCGCACCCUGCCACGGGGAUUCGAACCGCUGACCAUGCGAUCGGCAAGUCCUAGGCGCUGAGGUUUUACCCACAGCGCCGCCCGCGUCCCAAUGAAUGAUUACAGAGGGAUAAAUACUUAAUGUAAAAACUUAAUGGGCUUUCCCUGAAACACUAGAAGUACUUGAAACAAUAUUGGAGAGUGCCUGUCUAGUUGAAGAAUUUACCAUAUUUUUUGCUCUAUAAGACUCACUUUUCCCCUCCUAAAAAGUAAGGGGAAAUGUGUGUGCGUCUUAUGGAGCGAAUGCAGGCUGCGUAGCUAAUCCAGAAGCCAGAACAGCAAGAGGGAUCGCUGCUUUCGCUGUGCAGCGAUCCCUCUUGCUGUUCUGGCUUCUGGGAUUCAGAAUAUUUUUUUCUUGUUUUCCUCCUCCAAAAACUAGGUGCGUCUUAUGGUCUGGUGCGUCUUAUAGAGCGAAAAAUAUGGUACUUCUGUAUUGGCACAUGCCUCUUUUUAAAUCUUGGAUGGGCCUUGAAGAAAUGCUCACAAAAUAUAAUGGGUACAAUUCAAUCUCUAUUGCUUAAAGGUGCUGUCAUGAACAUGACUGCUGUUAUGGCUUCGCAGAGGAACAAGGCUGUAACCCCAUAAUACGUAGAUAUAAAUGGACCUGUAAUGACAAUACUGUGGUAUGUGGUAAGGUAACAAUUUUAAUUUCAUUGUAUUUAUCCAUUUUAUCUUGAUAAGCAAUGCAUGAUCUAGUGUUAGGGUCUACUAAGAGUAGACUUAAAUCCACUGAUUUCAAUUCCAUAGUUUAACUACACACAGUGUGAAGAAGUACUUCCUUUUUCUGUCCUGGAUCUUUCAGCAUUCAGCAUUGAGGAAGAAAAACUUAUCUCUAUCCAUACCCUAUCUCUAUACACGGAUUCUACCCCAUGCAUAAUUUUAUACACCACUAUCACGUCACUUACUCACUCUUUUCUAGACCAAAAAGCCCCAAAUGCCUCUCCCCAUAUGAACAACCCAGAUCCUUCAAUCAUCAUCUGAGGACCUUCUUCAUGUGCCUCCUACACAAGCAGUCUGGAGCGUGGCAACACAAGAACGGGCCUUUUCUGUGGUGGCUCCCUGUUUGUGGAAUGCUCUCCCCAGCGAGGCUUACAUAUCUUUAGGCACCAGGGAAAAACGUUUCUCUAUAACCAGGCCUUUGGUUGAUUAACAUUCUGUGGCUUUUUUAAUGUGUUUGUGUGUGGGGGGGGUUAUUGGUUGGGUUUUGUUUUAUUAUCCAUUUUGUGUUCUCAUUUUGUAUUUUUCUGUUGUGAACUGCCCUGGGAUCUUUGGAUGGACAGUAUACAAAUUUAAUCAAUAAUAAUAAUAAUAAUAAUAAUAAUAAUAAUAAAUCUGACCAUUGUGAAAACUGUCCCUAUCUGCUACCUGUUAUUGUAGCUGCUUUCAGAAAUCUGAGCCUAAACUUUAAGAAUGACUUACUUAUUUUGAUUUAUAGUUUUAUUUCCUUCCUUCCUGGUCUAUCACGAUUCCCAAAGCAGCUGCAAUGAAUAACAAAUGCCAAUAGACAUUAACAAUUUGUGGCUAGUUGUUCCAGUUUGGUGCUGUUAUUACAUUUUAACUAUCCACCUGGUUUUUCUCUUUUUCAGAUACAAUGUUAGACAGAUGUCAAAAAAUCAUAUGCCAAUGUGACAGAGAAGCAGCCAAGUGUUGGAGAUCUGCCCCUUUUAACCGACGCUAUGCCUUCUGGCCAAAUUUUCUGUGCGGCCAUAUUUACCCUGUAUGCAGUUAUGGGAAAUGUAGGCAUUAAGACUACUUUAUAAUGGAAACCUUCAGUUUCGUUCCACUUUAAGCUCUCUGUAUUUUGUAUAUCAUUCAACUAGACUAGCAGCUUCUGAACUGUGUAUGUAUCUUCAGAUUUCUGGAAAUGACAGAUUAAACAAUGACC